AUGAAAUUCAAAAAUAAAGUUAUUUUUGAUAGUUCAGAUUUGAACCAUAAAGAUAAGAAUAUUAAAGAUUCCAUAUGGACGGAAAUAGGGAUAAAACUUAACAGAAAUAUUGAUGACUGUAAGAAGAGGGGGAAAGACAUGCGUGAUACGUACACGAGACAAAAAAAAAAAUUGCCUACUGGGUCGGCGGCUUCAGAUAAAAAAAAAAAUGGCCUUUGA